CCAAAAAUAAUUGGAAUGGGGUCUGCUUGGCAGACUAUUCAAGAGGCGCAGUGAAUCUUUUGAAUUUCAACAGCAUGUCAGAGGUGGAGGAGACACUCGAACGCAUCAAGAAUCACAAGGGCGUGGAGGGAUACGUGAUCGCCGACCGCAACGGUAACGUGCUCCGACGUCAUCCGCAGAUGCAAGUAUCCGAGGCCGAAAAGUACGCGCUGUACAUGAAGGAGCUGACCACGAAGGCACGGGGUGUGGUACGUGACUUGAACCCCAAGAACGAUCUGCAGUACAUGCGCAUCCGGGUCAAGAAACUCGAGCUGCUCAUCGCACACGAGAAAGACUUCUUGGUCGUCGUCAUCCAGAGGUGGACGCCAACGAACAGUUAGCUGCGGCCAAGCACACGAGUCGUAGACCUCACCUCACAACUUACUCAAAAAUGCGACGAGGUUUUCAUUCAUACCCGCAUGGUUCAUGCAGACCUGUUGUCACUGGGAAGGCGAGUUUGUCGUUGGGUUUCUAGUGCCAGCAUUGCGUUCCACGAAUCCUUGGAGAUUUGUCCUUCCCCACGACUGAGCGCCAUCAGACGAGCGAGUCUCAACCAGCGGUGAAGAUCUUCCAGCUGCAUCGUGAAUCAUAAAAAAAAAAACGUCAGAUACUCCUCUUCUACCAC